AUGUCUGCCAAAGCAAUCACCGAGGCCGACGGAAAGGCUAUCCUCAACUAUCAUCUCACCAGAGCUCCCGUUAUCAAGCCAUCUCCUCUCCCAAAAUCUGCCACCCACAACCCUCCUUCGAAGCUUGCUUCUUUAUAUUUCCCAGUCGACGCUGAGGUCUCAUCAAUCCUCGAUCAAGCAGAAACCUUAUACCCAUGGCUCCUUGUCCCAGGUUCCAAAUUCGUCGCAAAGCCUGAUCAAUUGAUUAAGAGAAGAGGCAAGAGUGGUCUUCUUGCAUUGAACAAGACUUGGCCAGAAGCAAAGGCAUGGAUCGCUGAGAGAGCAGGAAAGCCAGUCACAGUUGAGACUACCGUUGGAACUCUCCGUCAAUUUUUGGUAGAGCCAUUUGUACCACAUCCAGAAGGAACCGAAUAUUAUAUCAACAUCAACUCCCAAAGAGAGGGUGAUUGGAUUCUUUUCACACACGAGGGAGGUGUCGAUGUUGGUGAUGUCGAUGCAAAGGCCGAGAAAUUGUUGAUUCCAGUCGAUCUUGCUGAAUACCCUUCAAAUGAAGAAAUCGCUGCAGGCCUUCUCAAGAAGGUUCCACAAGGUGUACACAACGUUCUCGUCGACUUCAUCACCAGAUUAUAUGCUGUUUACGUCGACUGUCAAUUCACAUACCUUGAGAUUAACCCAUUGGUUGUCAUUCCUAACGCUGAAGGUACCUCUGCUGAAGUACACUUCUUGGAUUUGGCCGCUAAGAUUGAUCAAACUGCCGAAUUCGAGUGUGGUGUUAAAUGGGCUAUUGCACGUUCACCUGCUGCUCUUGGUAUGGCCGCUGUCAAGGCAGCUGAUGGAAAGGUCAACAUUGAUGCUGGUCCACCAAUGGAGUUCCCAGCUCCAUUCGGUCGUGAAUUGACCAAGGAGGAAGCAUACAUUGCUGAACUUGAUGCCAAGACUGGUGCAUCCCUCAAGCUUACAGUUUUGAAUGCCAACGGUAGAGUUUGGACUUUGGUUGCUGGUGGUGGUGCUUCCGUCGUUUAUGCCGAUGCUAUCGCCAGUUCUGGAUUCGCUGAUGAGCUUGCCAAUUAUGGUGAAUACUCUGGUGCACCAACUGAAACCCAAACUUUCCACUACGCCCGUACUGUCCUUGAUCUGAUGCUUCGUUCACCACCUACCCCAGAAGGCAAGGUUCUUUUCAUUGGUGGUGGUAUUGCCAACUUCACCAAUGUCGCUUCCACAUUCAAGGGUGUUAUUCGUGCUCUUAGAGAAGUCAGCAACUUAUUGAUCGAGCACAAGGUUCAAAUCUGGGUCAGACGUGCUGGACCUAACUACCAAGAAGGAUUAAAGAACAUCAAGGCAGUUGGACAAGAGUUGAAGCUUGAUAUGCACGUUUAUGGACCAGAUAUGCAUGUUAGUGGUAUUGUUCCUUUGGCCUUGGUUCCAGGACGUCUUGCAGAGAGUAAGAUUAAGGAAUUCACUGGUUAA